AUGACUCCAGAUCCAGAUUUAGACUAUUAUACAGGCUGGUUUUGUUGUGUUGUGGACAACAAAGUUGGUGAACUGUUUUGUAGCAAGGUGGGCAGCAAGGAUGUGGACAAAGAUUUCAAUUUGGAUUUUGAUACCACAAAGAUAAGUUGGAUUUUGAUCACAAGGAAAACACAAAAAGAACCUGGUCAGAAGGAUUUCGUGACUGAGAUAGGUGGGUGGUUAUCGUAUGUGGAGGAGCAUCGUGGCUGUUGUGCUUCAGAGGUGACAGAGCGGUUAUGCAGUUCCGUCGGGAUGGACGAUCUGCUCAGAGAAGGUUUAGACUACUAUGCAGGUUGGUUUUGUUGUGUUGUGGACAACAAAAUUGAUGGACUGUUUUGUAGCAAGGUGGACAGCAAGGAUGUGGACUGUUGUGGACAGAAUUUAUCAUUUUCUCUUCUUUCUAUGAGACAAAAAUAUAAUAAUAACUAA